UACUUGUAUCUGCACAAACUUCAGGCAACAUCGACUACUAUGCAGAGAGAGAAAAGCUGCACAGUCUGUACCGUAGAUUUGAGGCCGACAGCUACGUAACCAAUGGCACCGUGAUCAGUUGGUUUGAGGACUACAAAAUGUGGGUAAAUUCCAUCAAGAAUUCCACCCUGCUUGGUUCAGACGGCCACGCCACCGAUAGCGACACUUUCCACCAGUGGAUCCUGCAGUUCCUGACGACAGACGCGACAGGAAGGAGCCACGCUGGGGACGUCAAGUUAAAUGUUACUACGUCACCACCUACGGUCAUGGCAUCGAGAAUGAGAGGAACGUACAGGACCCUACAAGACUCUACUGAGGAGAUACAGGCCAUGGAUAGUCUGAUUGCCGGGACAGACUCUGUUGGCUUCUCUGCAGAAGCAUUUCCUUACAUGUUCCGAUUCCCUACCUAUGAAACCAACAAGGUCAUACAAUCGGAGUUGUACCGUAACCUCGGCAUCGCCAUGGCGGCAGUUUUCGUCAUCACUCUGCUGCUCCUGGCAGACUUUAUGGGAAGUCUCUGGGUUCUUCUCUGUGUCGUCAUGACUUUGGUGGACGUAGGUGGGAUGCUGCACCACUGGGGCCUGACCAUCGACACGGUGACCACAAACAUCAUGGUCAUCGCCAUCGGUCUGGCCGUCGACUACGCCACGCAUAUCUGCCAUACAUUCCUCAUUGUCGGUGGCACAAGGCAGGAAAGAGCUCUUCUGACUCUAUCCAACAUGGGCCCAGCAGUCUUUAACGGAGGGUUCAGCACAUUUCUGGCUAUCGUGCUGCUGGCAUCUUCACAGCACUACGUCUUUAUAACUUUCUUCAAGGUGUUUUUCCUCGUCCUGCUGUUCGGAUGUCUCCACGGGCUGGUGUUCCUGCCGGUCAUACUGAGCUGGCUGGGACCGGCUCCGUACGACACGGCCCCGGUACGGGACACGGCCCCGGCACAGGACUCGGAACAGUCCGACAAACGGUACAUCAGGAAGGUUCAGACUCAAGGUUUCGUCAACCCAGGUCUGGAAAUGGACGGGGACGUCAGAACCGGGGUGCCUGAAAAUCGUUCAGACGUCGUCCCCUGUGUGAUGUCCCGGCCUGAGUACCCCCCUGAUAUCCCUUCGCCAGAUUACAAUGUUUCACCAGCCUCAACAAUCAGACAUAUCGCAAACACUGGCAACUCCGUACAUGGUCAUGCUGAAGCUACCGUCCAAUGGGGAUCCCGUAAUAAAAUCCCAGAAGUGAACCAAUUGGACGUCCGGAUAGACAACAUGAUCACCGCAGCGAACCAGAAACUGUUCCUGUUACGCCGACUUAAGAGAUGUGGGGUAUCAACAGAAGACCUUACAACAGUCUACACGGCCUAUGUUCGACCCUCUGUUGAAUACGCAAUGCCUGUGUGGUACAACUCUGUAACUGCCGCUCAAUCUGAAAAACUAGAACGCGUACAGAAGAGGGUGUGCCGAAUCAUACUGGGUAUGCAGUACACAGACUACAUGUCAGCUCUGAGCACACUCAACAUCAGCUCCUUGGCAGAACGGCGUGAAAGACUCGAUCUGUGUAACUGA